GGCCCAAUAUACUCCACACAACGUGGCAGGGAAACCCUACAUAUAAAUAGUUCUCAAACCCUUCCGUCCAAACUAUUGGCUCAUUCACUCGCGGCUUCAGCCUCCAAGCCCCCCCCUCACUCUCUGUGCCUCUCUCUCUAAUCCGGUUCAAUGGCACCGAAGAAGGAGAAGGCACCGCCGCCGUCGUCGAAGCCGGCCAAGUCCGGCGGAGGAAAGCAGAAGAAGAAGAAGUGGAGCAAAGGCAAGCAGAAGGAGAAGGUCAACAACAUGGUGCUUUUCGACCAGGCUACUUACGACAAGCUGCUCUCCGAGGCUCCCAAGUUCAAGCUGAUCACGCCGUCCAUUCUCUCCGAUCGUCUCAGGAUCAACGGCUCUCUGGCCAGGCGGGCAAUCAAGGACUUGAUGGCUAGGGGAUCCAUCAGGAUGGUCUCAGCUCACGCCAGCCAGCAGAUUUACACCAGGGCUACCAACACCUAGGUCAUCUGAUUUUGCAUUUUGAGUUGGUUCUGAUCUGUUUUGACAGUAUGGAGGAUUUUGUUUAGUGUUAGACUAUUUAGAGCUUAUUUUCGAAUCACUGUCGGCACUCUUGGGAAUUUCGAUUUAUCUGAUGAAGUUACUUUCUAUGUGCA